UCACUCAUCCACUCAAUUCUUUUCUUCCUUAUUUUCAUAGUUUUCCUUACAUACAGCCACACGGGUCUACCUCUCGUUCUCUCUAUGGCCCGAGAUGAAGAGCAUCACUGCAGCACCAAGCCACCAACACAUAAGCUCUACCGUGCCAUAGUCACAGACCUUAGCUUUCACUCUCACACAUAGACCCUACCAUAUGACAUCCUAAACCAAACCCACAAAUCAAGCCUCAGCCUUUACAACACCAAUCUGACCUUCCAUCUUCAAUGAUCUCUUUCACUACACCACCACUUACAAUUCCCCACUCCGCUAGUGAGUCUCUUUUUUUAGAGUAUUUUUUAUUAGAGAUUUGAGUAAAAUUGGGAUUAAAAAAACGGCUAAGGAUAAUAUAGGGACAAUAUACAAAAUAUUCAACGGUAACAUGAAAAGCAACCCUGCGUUUUGGAAUUGCACCUCAAAUGGUCCAAUACUGAAACGAGCUUUUUGGUGGUCUGCGAUUUGAAAAGGUGCGAUUCGGAAAUCUUACCAAACGCCAAUUGAAAAAUAUUCCGUUUUGGAAUCGCAAAGUGUUUUUUUACGGGCACUUACAGCACACUGUUGGUCAGCGGUAGAAGAUCGACGGAGGAUUGAGACCAGCAGGAAAACAAACCAAGUGGGGAAUAUGACAAUCCUUAUCCCUGAAGGCAUCAGGAAUGUAUGGGAUGCGUGGAAUAUCAGGGGCUUUAUUCUCAUUAGCCUCUUUCUUCAGGUUUUUUUGCUCUUUACUGCAUCCUUGAGAAAGAAAACGGGGAACAAAGUGGUGACUUUCUUUAUCUGGUCAGCUUACCUUCUUGCGGAUUGGACUGCUAACUUUGCAAUUGGACUAGUCUUUAACAGUGAAGGGAAAUAUACAUCUGGGCCUGCCCCAGUGGAUGAUACUGGUCUUCUUAUGGUGUUGUGGACACCUUUUCUUUUAUUACUUGUUGGUGGCCAAGACAGGAUAACUUCUUUCGCUAUCGAGGACAAUGAAUUGUGGCUUAGGCAUUUGCUUUGGCUCAUUCUCCAAUUCUUUACCACUAGUUUUGUCUUUAUUCAAUCACUUCAUCGUAACAAACUAUGGAUCCCAACACUUUUCCUCCUUGUUGCUGGAACCAUCAAGUACGUUGAGCGGACGGCAGCAUUGUAUCUUGCAAGUUUGGAUAGUUUUGGAAAAUCUGUACUUGGAAAACCUGAACCUGGGCCCAACUAUGAGAGAUUAAGUAGUGUAUACUCGGACUAUCAAAAGAAUAAACUUCCUGUAGAAUUUGAAUCUGUCCUAGUCCAAGAACGCACUGUUAUCCAGGAAGAAGAAUUGGACAACCUUGGGUUGGUGCAGUAUGCUUAUCAUUUCACAAGUAUGUACAAGGGACUCAUUGUCAAUCUCAUGUUUAGCACCCGCGAGCAUAAGGAGAGUCGAGAAUUCUUCAUUGGAAGGACUGCAGAAGAAACAUUGAGAAUAUUAGAGAUCGAACUCAACUUCUUUUAUGAUCUUCUCCAUACCAAGGUGGUGGUGACACGUUCCAAGUUAGGAAAAAUAUCUCAAUGUAUGUCCUUUGGGUUAGUUGUCGCAGCCUUGUCACUUUUCCACAAAGAAGAGAAGCAAGAUCUCAAGAGGUUUGAUAUCAAACUGACCUACGCGUUGUUCAUGGGUGUCCUAGGCUUGGAUAUGGUUACUCAACUCCUAUGGAUGUUCUCUGACUGGACCGUCGCUUAUCAUAAAAAGUCCAACAAAAAUUCACCCCUUGGCCGUUUCCUAUCCAAAAUCUUCGACAAGUUCCUUGAUCUCAAGAAGUCAAGAUGGAAGCAAUCAGAGAGGUCAACAAGGGAGCAACCAGAGAGGACAACACCAAUAAUAUUUAAAAGAUGGUCUCAAACUCUCUCACAAUUCAGCUUCACGAAGUAUUGUUGGCAAGAACGUUCAAAAGCGAUGUAUAAAGUACAAAGCAGAAAUAUGAUCACAGGCAUCCACGCUAUCUGUUACAACGUCUAUGGAAUACUUAAAAAUAUGCACAUUAGGGGUUUUAUAAAUCAGAAGAAAAAUGACGUUAUUCGGUUGAGCUACAUGUUCUCUCUGCCAUUUCCUCAGAAUGUAUGGAGCUUUAUCUUCAUCGAGCUGAAAGCGAAAGCUUACUCUGCUGAUGGUCCAGAAGAAGCCAAGAGAAUAAGUUCAGCUAGAGGUGAUUGGGUUCUCAAAAAUGGUGCCUAUUCUCACUUAAUUCCUUAUGUCAAGGAUGUUACGUAUGAUGAAAGCAUUCUAUUAUGGCACAUUGCUACUGAUCUCUGCUACAAUACUGGUGUCGAGCCUUUUAAUUAUUGCCAUCGUGAGAUAAGUAAGCACCUCUCAGAUUACAUGAUACAUCUUUUAUAUCAGCAAUCAAGUUUGGUGUCCGAAGUGUUAGGCAUUUCGAAACAAAGGUUUGUGGAUACCUGUGCCGAAGCACAAAGAUUCUUCAGCCAACGUGGAAUGGAAAAUAUGGAGGACGCCUAUAGAAGUAUUCUUGACGUUAACACACCUCUCAAACCCGUUCUGGUGAAGGGAAGUAAAUCCAAGUCUGUGCUGUUUCAUGCAAGCAUGUUGGCAAAAGAGAUUCAUUUAUUGGGUCCAUUGAAAUGGUAUGUAACCAGCCAAGUGUGGGUGGAAUUGUUGUCAUAUGCUGCUAGUCGUAGUAGGGCAUAUGCCCAUGUCCAACACCUAAGUAGAGGUGGUGAGCUUCUUACUUUCGUUUGGCUAUUGAUGGCCCAUUUAGGCUUGAGAGACGCUUGGGUUGAGACCAGUAUCAAGACAGAGCUGACUGUCAAUAAAUGACUAGAUAUUGGCAUCUUAUGUAUUAAAUGAUAAAUAAAUAUGAGCAGUGGUACUCUCAAGGAGAAAUUAUAAGAUCCA